AGCUGAGCGUCUGACACAGAUAUUCACUCGAUGGACGUUGCCCCAUAAAGGAGCUCAAAGCCCUAGAGGAAACGAUGAGCUGUGGUUUAUUGGUGGGGACAGAAAAACCGCUCUGUCUCGUUGGGUUUGUUCCAGGACACUGAGCCAAUAAGAAGCCUUCGUCUUCUGUGGUCGGUGCUGCCCCACAGAUAAAACCUCCUUGUUCUGCAGUCUAUUCAUCCCCGGGGUCGGGGAUAUAAUGUGACACAUCUCAAUUCUUGACCGAGUUGAAAGAUUCACAUGGAGCCCACCACGCAGCGGUGCCACACAGCACUUUGUCUCUCUGUCUACGUCAUUACUUUUGUGCUGGGCUUCCCGGCCAAUAUAUUGGCUUUCUACACUUUUUGUAAGAAAGUAAGGCAGAAACCCACCCCGAUUGACAUCCUGCUCCUCAACCUGACCAUUUCCGACCUCCUCUUCCUCCUCUUCCUGCCCUUCAAGAUGCAGGAAGCAAUGAAUGGCAUGAUGUGGAACAUGCCCUAUGCCCUCUGUCCGCUGUCUGGCUUUAUCUUCUACAUGACCAUCUACAACAGCACCUUUUUCCUCACUGCAGUCAGUGUAGAGCGCUACUUGGGUGUGGCUUUCCCCAUUCGGCACACUCUGAAGCGGCGACCUGUGUAUGCUGUAGCUGCCAGCAUUUUCUUCUGGAUUUUCUCCACCGCCCAACUUAGUAUCGUGUUUAUCGUGCCCUUUAUCCCCACUGAACGCCUCAACGCCUCAGCUCACCCUAGCAGCGAUAGCAGAAAACAAUGCUAUGAGAACUUCACCGAGUCUCAGCUGAACGUCCUCCUGCCUGUGCGCCUGGAGCUUUGUGUGGUGCUUUUCUGCAUCCCUUUCCUGAUUUCUAGUUUUUGCUACAUCAACUUCAUCAGAAUUCUCUCAAAGCUGCAACACAUUGACCGGCGCCGGCGCAUCCGAGCCAUGGGCAUGGCUUUGGGAACCCUGGUGGUGUUUGCUCUAUGUUUUGGACCCUACAACGUCUCACACAUCAUUGGUUUUAUAAACAAGAAAAGUCCGGCGUGGAGAGACAAGGCCCUGCUGUGCAGCACCUUCAAUGCCUGUCUAGACCCUCUUAUUUUCUACUUUUCUUCCUCUGCUGUGAGAGGGAAUGUGAGUAGUGUGAUGGAAGGGGUUAAAAGCCGUCUCCAGAGGUGCAUGUCUUGUCACCUGCUCCAGGCCUUGUGCGGGGGAAUUACCAAGACUGCACAAGAUAAGGAACACACGCAAGAGGAGAUCAAUGCUAUCUGAGCUGACAGAAAGGGACCUGUAAGCGGCUGCCUUUACUGUUGUCUUAUUUCUUCAUCCCUGGGAGCAGAAAAUUAAUGCCAUGUUAAUGUUUACACAUGUGAGAAAAUGACUUGGCUUUAUACAGUGCAGUGUAUUUUUGUUUGAUGACAUUCCUUUUUGGAAAUGAGACAAGACAGGUAACCUUCAGUCUUCCUAAGCACGCCAUGCCAAUUUUGUAUGCAGCGCAUCGGGUAAAACCUCAGAGACAGCCUACUUUGAACUGUCACCAGGACAUAACAACAUUUCUCGCACAGUGUAAGAGAAGUACAGAGACCCUUAAAUGCAGGCAGGUGUUGUGGAGCAUCGCAGCAGAGACUGUAACAAAAUGAAUAUCUAAGCAACAGCGUUGCACGUCAUCUCUCCGCAAUUGGAGAUUAAAUGUUCCAACCAACAUCCUUAGUCGUGAACAGGAUAUUGCUUGCAACAAUACGGUCAUUAUGUGUCAAGCAGUGGUGGUUGAAGAAGAAGUAGCAGAAGAAAGAGAAAAUGUGUGGCAUCUUCAUGCAGAUACAAGCAUGCUGAAAAUAGAGAGCAGUUCGCUUUGUAAUUGUACAUAUGUUUACAUCUGUGAGAUGAUGGCUGUUCUUAUAUUUAUAUGGGAUAUAUAAAGAAAGAGAGAUGUAUGAAUGUACACAUAUAUAUGCAUAACGGGGGUUGUAAUAAUAUAAUAACACAUAAAUAAAGCUUAUUUUCAUAUUCA